AUGCGCUUGCUUAGCGUAGCUUUGGCGUUGAGCACUGUGGCUGCACUGCAGCCGCCUGCCUCCAGAGCUGCCGCAGCCAAGGCAAAUCCCGCGGCCAUCGACGUCUACAGCCGGGCAACGGCGACGAGUGCCGCCCGCGACGUCGCCCUCUACGGUCUGUUCGGGCCGAGCGAGGCCGAGAAGCGCGCCGAGCAGGCGCGCCUCGACGCGGAGCAAGAAGCUCUCAAUGAGAGGUUCCGCAAGGAGAGCGAGAGCGACUUCGCGUUCAUGAGCGUGUUUGGGGUGGUCACGCGCGUGGGCGGUGUCCAAUGAGCCAGGUGCCUUCAUGAGCGUCGGGCACACACGCCUUCGCCGCGAGUAUGAAACGCGAUGGGGUCCAGAACACGCCAUCGCCGCGACGCAAGCGACGACACACGCAGGUCGCUGCCGAUCGUCUACCUCAUCUACCUCGCGUUCCAGGUGGACCCCGAGGAGGUCGGCGCCGGCGGGAUCUACUGAGCCCCGGUAG